ACCGACGUGUGUUUACGGUCCGAGGCUCCGGCGGAAGCGGCGAGAGAGUUGUUUGCGCUUCGGGGGAAAGUUUCAAGAAUGUGUUGAGCUGAUUCCAUCCGGAUAUACUCAGGGUUUUGGGAAUGGAUUCGACAUUAUUGCUGCUCCUACUGACCGGGUGCAGCGUGAAAUUUGCGCUCGGUCAGCAGGGUCCAGUCUUCAUCCUGGAGCCACCAAGUACCCUAGUCUUUUCAAAUACCACGGGCUCCCAAUUAGGCUGCUCCGCGCACGGCAGCCCGACGCCGCAUGUCACGUGGAUUACCAGCCCGGAUCAGAGAUCAGUUACAGCGGUUCCCGGACUCAGGCAACUUCUGGGUAACGGAACGCUAUACUUCCCGCCGUUCUUAGCUCAGGAUUUCAGAGCCGAGGUUCACAAUGCCCGAUACAGAUGCCGUGCGACCAGCUCCGUCGGGACCGUACUUUCACGCGAGGUCACUCUUCGCGCUGUAUUGACGGUACCCGGAUACGAUGUCAGGGUAAACAGACAACCCGUCAUGGAAGGAUGCAACGCAGUGUUGUCCUGUACAGCUCGGGAAGAUGUUAAGGAACACCUCACUGUAACCUCCUGGUUCCGUGACGACGCUAUUCUCUUACCUGGAAACACAGAUACUGGCGGAAGAUUCGUAGUUACUUCGCAGGGUGACCUUCAUAUUAGGGCCGCCAGACCAGAAGACGGCAGAGCGACAUAUUCGUGUUUAACCCUGCAUGCCUUGACGAGCGAACGAAGAAAAAGCGAGCCCGCCACUUUAACAGUCACGGAACCAACCGGUUCUUCGCCACCGCGAUUGAUGCAACGAUCUGAAAUCGCUAUUUCCGCCGAAAGCGGCUCCGACGUUCACCUCACAUGCUCAGCACAAGGAAGCCCGCCACCGCAAUUUACCUGGUAUCGCGAUGUUAAUGGCCAUUCGAUACCGGUCGAAUCGUUCGGCCGUAUCCAGCUUUGGGGAGAUUUGAUGCAAAUUCGUCGCGUAGAUGCACAGGAUGCAGGAAGAUAUGUUUGUCGGGCUAGCAAUCAGCUUGGCGAGCAACGAGCGGAGACGCACUUGUCAGUCACAUCAAAGUUAAACGCUCGGAUUCAGCCGCGUGUGCAAGUUAUUAAUUCCGGCGAGACCGCUACGAUGAACUGCACGGUCGAAGGAUAUCCGGUUGAGAGCGUUGAGUGGCUACAUGAUGGUGUGCCAGUAUUGACCGCGCAGGAUACAAGGAUCAGAUUGUUGGCUCCCUUGGUGCUCGUAAUAGGCUCUGUUGGUCGCAGAGACAAAGGGAUGUAUCAAUGUUUGGUGAGGAGCGACAAGGAAAAUGCUCAGGCCACUGCCGAACUCAAACUCGGAGAUACGGUUCCGGAACUGCAAUACACGUUUAUCGAGCAGGCAUUACGACCAGGCCCACCGGUAUCUCUGCGAUGUUCUGCUACCGGUUCACCGACACCAUCCUUUACGUGGCUACUCGAUGGUGAACCAUUAAGCCAGAUUGCGACUGGGCACAGAUACGCGAUAGGCCAAUAUGUGGAUCAAUCGGGUGACGUGAUCAGUCACUUAAACAUUUCAUCGGCGGGAGCCGAGGAUGGUGGCUUGUACGCAUGUGUGGCGUCCAACACUCUAGCGACCGUCGAACAUAAAGCUAGAUUGAAUAUUUACGGACCACCGUACAUCCGAUCGAUCGGCCCGGUUCGCGCCAUCGCCGGUGUCGACAUUACAAUAGCGUGUCCUUACUCAGGAUAUCCGAUCACAUCGGUAGGAUGGACCCGAGGUGGUGCCGAAUUGCCCUUUGACAUCAGGCAGCGGGUCGACAGCGAAGGCCACCUUACAAUCCUCACGGUAGAUCCGAAUGAUGCCGGGACUUACACAUGUAUAGUUCGAGCAAGUUCUGGGGAGACCGCCAACAGAGAUAUAUUACUAACUGUUAAUAGUCCUCCAGUAAUGAGUCCCUUCAGCUUUCCCGCAAAUUCACAAGAAGGCAGUCGUGCUCAAGUGACUUGUAGCGUAACGUCGGGCGAUCUUCCAAUCUACAUUUCCUGGUUGAAAGAUGGCGAGCCACUACCUUCUUCCCUUCGCAUCGAAGAGCGAGGAGCUGAGUUUUUUAGCCUCCUCGUCUUCAAGGAACUGUCGUCGCGGCACAGCGGCAAAUACACCUGCGUGGCCACAAAUAGUGCCGCGAAGGUGAACCAUACGGCUGAACUUUUGGUAAAAGUACCUCCUCAAUGGAUAUUCGAACCGUUAGACGUGGCGACUCUUUUGGGCAAUCCGUUAAAUGUCCAUUGCGAAGCCAAAGGUUUUCCACCGCCGCGUAUUACGUGGCUACGUGCCAGAGGCAGAACGUCCAACGACUAUCAGCCGCUAGUCGAUGGUUCGGAUGGUAGACUCACGAUAUUGCCUAAUGGGUCUUUGUGGACGGCUUCCGCCGGUCCGCAGGAUGAGGGUUACUAUCUAUGUAGGGCUAACAAUGGCAUCGGAUCCGGAUUAAGCAAAGUGAUAUAUGUGUCGGUGCAUGAACCGGCGAGAUUCGAAUUUCAGAGUAAAAAUGUAACAAUUCGCCGUGGAGAAUCCGUAACUAUUGAUUGCACUGUGAUUGGUGAUAAUCCUAUAGAGGUGCAAUGGAUGCAUAACAGUGAUCGAUUAGAUAUGAGCAAUCACAGACUAAGUAUCGGUCAAAUAAAGACUGACAACGGCCUGAAGUCCCAAUUAUCUGUCGCAAAUAGUGAUCGGCAAGAUUCCGGAGUCUACAGAUGUACCGCUGAUAACGCUUAUGGAAGAAGCGAACAUUUGAUUUAUUUAGCAGUCCAAGAGAGGCCAGAUCCUCCAGCCGGACUCGAAGUAAUAGAGAUCGGUUCUCGAUCAAUACGGUUAUUAUGGAAGCGAGCCUUCGAUGGAAACAGCCCUAUAAGAAAUUACGUGAUACAAUACCGCUCGCUAAGCCACGGUAUGACCGACGAUUGGAAUCCCGUUAAAACGCACAAUGUCACGUACACUCCAGGAAGCUCGAGUAGCGGUAAUUCUAUACAUCCAACUCAAAAUGGCUUAUCUCCUUUCGAAACCACUGGCGAUGAUCAAGAGGUAGCUCUGGUCGGUGGACUUCAUCCGGCUGUCACCUAUACCUUCAGGAUAUUCGCCAUAAACUCUAUCGAUGCGAGCGGACCUACGGAACCUGUCGUAGCGAAGACUCAGGAGGAAGCACCUACCGAACCACCGCAAAACAUCAAGGUGCAAUCCGCUGGACCUGGAGAGCUCAUGGUCAGUUGGCAACCACCUCCAAAAGAGUCUUGCAACGGAGAUUUGCUAGGCUACAUAGUGACGUGGUCAGAACAUUCGUCAUCGACUUCGGGUGUCAAUCAAAGUAAAAGUUUAACCGUAAAUGGUUGGGCGACGACAAAGGUGCAGCUAACUGGUUUAAGAAAAUUUACGAAAUAUGACAUUUCAAUCAGAGCCUUCAACAGCAUAGCUAGCGGACCAGCAAGUGCUCCUAUCGUGGGUACUACACAAGAAGGAGUACCGGAAACACCACCGACUCAAGUAACAUGCGUCCCAUUAUCUUCUCAAAGCGUCAAAGUAUCUUGGAGUGCGCCUCCACCUCAUCAGCAUGGCGGAAUUAUUCAAGGAUACAAAGUCUAUUAUAGGCCGGUUCCUACUGAUAACAUGGAUAUAUCAACGGUUGGUGAAGUUAAAAGAACUUCCAGUAUGGAUACUUAUUUGCACACGUUAUAUAAGUACACAAAUUAUUCCAUCAAGGUAUUGGCUUAUACAGGCGCAGGUGAUGGAGCAUUGAGUCCACCAAUCUUCUGCAUGACGGAAGAAGAUGUUCCAGGCCCACCCGCUGGCAUUAAAGCAUUAGCGUUAACAGCGGAAAGUAUAUUGGUUUCCUGGUUGCCGCCGUUGCAACCCAAUGGAAAUGUCUCAAAAUAUACUGUGUAUAGCAGAGAAACUGGCUCUAAAAAUCAUAACACGCACACGAUGCAUGAACCGCCGUCAUCGCCCACAGAUACUCUUACGAUGGAAUUACGAGAUCUAGUGGAAAGGCAAUUGUACGAAUUCUGGGUGUCAGCAACAACCGGUCUUGGAGAAGGAGAACGAACCACUAUAGUUACGCAAACAACGAAUACUAGAGCUCCCGCUAGAGUGGCGUCGUUCUCGCAAGUGUUAAGAAGAGCUGUAAAAUCAUCGGUCACGUUGUCGUGUUUAGUGGUCGGAAAUCCUACGCCACGACCAAUUUGGACAUACAGAAACAAUCAAAUCAGCACCGGCAGGCACUAUGAGCUUACAUCCGAUGGACACCUUAAUAUACGCGGAUUGGAGCAAUCGGUCGCAGGAAAUUACACUUGUUCAGCUAGUAACUUAUUCGGCGACGACUCCAUCACAUAUUCAUUAGUCGUAGUAAUGCCACCCAGAGCACCGUCGUUAGAAUUGCAAUAUACAACAACAAACAGUAUCAGAUUCCGUUGGAAUCAUCCUGACAAUGGCGGCGCUACGAUACAAGGAUAUGUGUUAAGCUACAAGAGAGAUCAGGGCGGAUGGGAAGAAAUCGCCUUGUCUCCUGAGCAAACGGAAUUCGUGCUUUCUGGAUUAAAAUGUGGAUCUUCCUACUUAGCACACUUGACAGCACAUAAUCGUGUUGAUACUGGUGAUCCAAGUCCAUUAAUCAGUGCAACAACGAAGGGCACUGCGCCCCUAUCGCCUAAAGAAAGAGAUAUUAUUUCGGCAAAUGGCACGUCGGUGAAGUUAAAUUUAUUAUCUUGGCCUAAUGGAGGAUGUCCCAUUCAAUAUUACACCGUCGAGUAUCGGAGGCGAAUUAAUACAGAACCAUGGAUUUUGGUGGCCAGCAGAGCGACCGAUAACGUUGUGAUUCGUGAUUUAAAAACGGCAUCGUGGUACAGUUUACGUUUAACGGCUCACAAUGACGCUGGUUCGACUCAGACUCAAAUGGAAUUUGCCACGACCACACUAAGCGGAGUCAGUAUCGGUCCACCUAACGAUUUAAUAAUGGAAGACGAUAUCAAGAAGACUGUGCCUAAUCAGAAAGUUUUGUACGUCAUCGUACCGCUCAUCUGCGCAAUCAUUUUAGUCGUUUCUGCGGUUAUCCUGGGUUAUGUCAUGCUUAAACGUAACGGCAGAGCGAAUUAUUUAGGCGAGAUAUUACCAGGACAACAGCAGCAACAACAGGCUGGAUUAGGAAUGGUUCCACAACAACAGCAUCAGCAACAGCAUCAUCACUUGUCCAGUUGUAUGUCGACCGUACAACUCAAAUCGACGGCUGAACGAGACAACAGACGUAAUCAUCAGGUUUAUACUAGUUCGCCCGUGAAACAAGAAAAUCACAAAUCCGCUGAUCACGGUUCUGAAAUGUACGAGAUAAGUCCGUAUGCUACGUUUAGUGUUCCCGGAAGAGAGAACCGUUCGGUCACAACUGCGACGCUCGAUUAUACGAUGCAGUUCAAGACUUUUGGUCAUUUGGAGAACGAGGACAUCAAUACUAUCGAUUACGAGAGAUCCAGCGUGGAAUUCGAAAGGUCGAAAACACCAAGGUGGCACAAGCAACGCUACUUUCCGAGCAUCGCGGAAGCCGAGAGCAAACUGCGGUCGAGUCGACAAGGUUCCGGGAGCGACACAUCCGGAAGUCCUUGCGGCGAAUGCGCCGGGCCUAGUUAUAGAGUGCCAGUAAAGCCUUGUAGAGAUGUAUUUUCGCGAGGUGUUGAAUCGAGUACGGAAUCUAACAACGAAGGCUCGCCCUCACUCGCGAGACGACGAAGCCGACAGCCGAGCCGGUCUACUCGCAGUUCGGUAGAGGAUAUGACGCUAUUGCCGCCAAGCGGGUUCAGUGACAGUCGCGAAUUGAGCGACGUGGAGUGCGACCGUGAUCGUGAUCGCGAACGCGAUCGCGAAUGGCAAGGUUUAUCAGCCGGAACUCGUCACGGCGGCAGUUUGGGCAGACUUCCGAUUGAGGCCGUCGAAUCUAUGCUCGCUAGAUAUCAGCAAAGAAAGGAGCAAGAAAGACAAGAAUUCACUAUACAUGUAUGAUCGAGAUUCGCUGGUUCGACUUGGUAUCUUCGCCGGACGAUUUAACAUUAUUUAAAAAGAGACAACAAAUCUUAUUCUCAAAACCAUCCGUUGCCGUUGGGGGAAAUUUUAAUGUGAAGGACAAUUCAAUUUUGAAUGGAGAUGGAUGAGUGAUGGAAAAAGAGACUCUCAGGUCCAUUUGUGUCGAAGAGGCGUCUCGAUAACUGAUCUGCGUUGCGCCAAAUACUGCCGUUAUUAUACACAAAAUAUGGCCUUCGUAUAUAACCCUGUAUGUGCCAUGUAUGAUAUUGUAUAACGUCGAGUUUCGAGAGAAAAAAAAACACCAAAUCCUAUCGGCAAUAUACACAAUUAAGCAAUCAAGAAGUAACGGAAGCAUUCGAUGAUUAACUGUACGUUUUUUGAUAGCAUUUAUUCUUUCUAUCACCGAAUUACAAUUACACUGUCUUACUGUACGAAACGUAAUUACGAUAAAAAAAAAGUCUGACUGACCGAUCCAUUGCUUUCGCGACGACCAAUUACAGAUAUACAGGGUGAACGCCAACUUCCAUACGAGUACCUCCGCUUCACUAGUGCGAUCUAUUUAUUAACGAGCUACUCUAUGUAUGAUUAUAGGAAUGACAGAUUAUAUUCGCAUAAUGAAUAUUGUGUUUUAAAAGAUUUUAAUAAAAACACUGCAACGAUCGCAGCGUUACACGUUAUCCCCGUAAAAAAUAGGUCAAUUAAUUCGAAGCUAAUGAUAGGCAUUUAUUCGAAAUGAAAUUGAAUAAUUUUGGCACACAAUCAAAAAUUGAUUCUCAAAUUCCUUUUGGUUUGAAAUACACGAAAGUGCUGCGAUUCGAUCUCACUCCAUGCAAUUCUAUCAUGAAACCGGCUUUCCACUUUUCGAAUAGUGCCAACUUUAUUAGAAAUAUAUAGUAUUAAGAACAUCGUGAAAAAAAAAA